UAGAUAUUGAAAGUUUGCUUUUGAAAAAAAUAAUAGGUUAAAUAAUGAAAGUUCUUAAAAAGAUUUUUAGGGGUUUCUAUGGUCUAAGGCUUGUUCCUUAUGUUAGUAAGAUAGAUCCUGUAUCUAAUCUUAGAUAUAUACAAUAUCCUUAUGAUAUUACAUCUCCAUUAUCUGUUAAGUUGCAUGAAAGAAGGAAAGAUAUUUUUAAAAAAAGUCAAAUUUUCUGGAAAAACAAUAAUACUCUUUAUUUUAAAAAAAUGGAAAUGUUUUACAACGAUAUUAUUAAAAAAAAAGGCAUAGUUACUGAUGAUGAUAUGAUUGUAUUUUAUAGUGAUUAUUUGAAGAGUUCUAAGUCAGAAAUGAGGAAACAUCAAUGGUGGUGGUAUUGGCAAAUUUUUGGUAUUUUGAUAGAUAGUUUUAAGGUCUGGGUAAAUAAUGUUGCAGACCAUUCUUCUUUUUUUUUUCAUGUAUAUAGGAAAAGAUAGUGAAUAUAUUUGAGGCUGUAUAUCAGAAUGUG